CCGUUGCGAUAAUUUAUCUCUAAGCCUUUGAUCGACUCAACACCACCGUCAUUGAUUCUCACCCCAAAACUCAAAAUGAGGCCUUGCAUACUCCCGCGGCAUCUCAGCCGUCGUAUAAACCUCUUAUCACCAUCUCGUGCCCUUCCAGUCCCAUCGCAAUAUCUCCCACGACCAAUAACGCCGUACCACCCAAACCCCCAAACACUCCGAUCGUUCCACCUUCCAUCCCUCUCGUCGUUACUCUCAAACAAUGGCAGCAACAACAACAACGGCAAUGGCCGCAGUCUAACCGCCACCCGCGUCCUCCCUUACGCCCCGGAGUCCCUAUAUAAGGUGAUCUCCUCGGUGGAAUCCUACUCCCAGUUCCUCCCCUUCCUCACGGCCUCAACGGUGACUCACCGCGACCCAGAAACAGGGUAUCCGACGCGCGCUUUCUUGACCGUCGGGUACGGACCUUUAAGUGAAACGUUCACGUCUCGGGUCGAUUGCGAUCGGAACCGGUGGAUUGUUGAAGCACGCAGCGGGGCCAAGUUCGGGAUUGAUUCGAAGGAUGGACAGGCUGGUGGGAACUUUCCUGGAGCGAAUGAGGGGAUCUUUGAGUAUUUGAGUACCAAGUGGGAGUUGACACCGAUGGAGAAUGGCCCGGUGGGUAGAUCGAUGACGAAGGUGGAUUUGGAGAUCCGGUUUGAGUUUCGGAAUCAAUUGCACGCUGCCAUGAUGAGUGCUAUGGAGGGGCAAAUGGCAGGGAUUAUGAUUGAGGCUUUUGAGAAGAGGAUUGGGGAUAUUGAGAGGAGAUAAGGCAGUUUGUGUCUGGAUUACCUGAGAGAUUGGGGGUGCAUGGGCUUUGCAUUUACACAUAUUCUCUGCUUUUUGGAGUUCGGUGCAUGGUUACGACCAGACAUAGAUCGUUACAGCGUCGUGGAGGCUCACUUUUCUUUGAAACCU